CGUACCUGUCGCACAAUGCAACGGACCUUCAGAGAUUAAAUCGUCUCCGACCCUCUACGUAUCUUCUCGCGCCUCUUCUUAUCUCACUCACUGUCUGCUCCUGUCUGACCAACCCCCUCCCCUCCCCCGCCCCUGGCUUCGUCCAUCGCUCUUGUCUUAUCUCCCCUUACCACCCGAUACCUUCUUACCUUCUUACUCACACCCCUGUUGCGCGCCCGUCGCAUGCGAGAACCCAUCGGUGACUUGACAGCCAACAGCUAGCAGUACAUCCACCAGGAUGUCGCACGAUAAUUUGGGAUUUACAUCGAGCACGGAUGCUCUGCAAGAUCUGAAAAAAUCUUCCUCAUCUAAGGAGCGUCAUGGCUACGGAUCGAGCGAGAAGAGUGACGGCAUUUACGUCCUGGAACUCGAAGAGAAAAAGAAGAAGAACUCAAAUGAACAGGAAAAUGAUUAUGACCCAUAUAAGUAUAGAGUGGUGGAGCAUCCGACUACCAAUGCGGAAACCAUGCUUCACCUGCUGAAGGGCAGUUUAGGUACCGGAAUCCUCGCGAUGCCGCGAGCUUUCUACAACUCCGGAUACAUUAUCGGCUUUGUAGCCACGAUCAUCAUUGGGUUCCUUUGUAUAUAUUGCAUGCGAAUUCUCGUUCGCUCGGAGUACGAACUAUGCAAGAGGAAAAGGGUGCCGUCCAUGACGUAUCCAGCGACCGCAGAAUCCGCUCUGCUCGAGGGACCGAGGUGCCUCAGACGGUUCUCCAAAGCUUCUAUACAUAUAAUAAACACCUUCCUAUUGAUAUAUCAGAUGGGCACUUGCUGCGUCUACAUAGUUUUCAUUGCUAAAAAUCUGCAAUUGGGGUUGGACACGUUUGUCAAGAUGGAAUUGGAGACAUACAUGGCAAUUCUCCUGCUACCCUUGAUCAUCGUUAAUUACAUCAGGAAUCUUAAAUUCUUGGCACCGUUUUCGACGCUAGCGAAUAUUAUCAUGUUCACUGGAAUUGCUAUCAUGCUCUACUAUAUCUUUCGAGAGCCAUUGUCGUUCGACAAUCGCGUGGCAUUCGGGAAUGUUACGAAUUUUCCGCUUUUCUUUGGCACCGUACUGUUCGCUCUUGAAGCCAUCGGCGUGAUUAUGCCGUUGGAAAACGAGAUGAAAACCCCUAAAUAUUUCAUGAAGCCAUUCGGCGUUCUGAACGUUGCAAUGAGCAUCAUAGUUGCGAUGUAUACCGCAUUGGGAUUCUUCGGGUACAUACGUUACGGCGAAAAAAUCGAAGGCAGUAUCACGCUCAACCUACCCGACGAAAAGUUAGGAAUUGCAGUGCAAAUUCUUCUAGCUAUCGCCAUCUUCUUCACGCAUCCCAUCCAGUGUUACGUCGCCAUCGAUAUAGUGUGGAACGAAUAUAUCAGUCAGUACUUGGAGAAGUACCGAUUUAAGCUGCUCUGUGAAUAUGUAAUCAGGACUGUCAUAAUCUUGAUUACCUUCGCUCUGGCGAUCUCGAUCCCGGAGCUGGACCUCUUCAUAUCGCUGUUCGGCGCGCUUUGUCUGUCGGGUCUGGGACUGGCUUUCCCGGCGAUCAUACAAUUGUGCACCUUCUGGAAAGUGAUGGGACCGAACGAGAGGAAGAUUAUGGUGGCGAAGAACAUGUGCCUAAUACUGAUUGGGGCCUUGGGUUUGGUCGUGGGUACUUACACGAGUCUCCACGGGAUUAUCAGCAAGUUCUCAUGAAGUAUUCGAGGAAAUUGUGUGACAAAACUGUUAAAGGGGGGUAGUGAAGUGACAGAGCGGGAGCGGAAGUAAACAGGAAUUGUUCUCCGUGCGAGAAAACGACGACGACGUGAUACGUAGUUGAAGUUGAUCAUUGCCAAAAGUGAGUGUACCUAAAAAUACGAGGCGCAUUCAGAGGCAGUAGCCGAGGGACCGAAAUAACGUUAACUUCUUACGGCUCGCAUCACACUUCGGCUUCGAUUCGUCGGGGAUGGGAUGAAGUUCCUAGGUGCGUUCGUUGUUCUUUUUUUUACGCGUGAUAUACAAGUGUAUACAAGACUGCAAGUGAAGAUACGGACUGUACAACGACACGACGAGUCCUGGCGUCAGCGUCAACGUCAAUUACUGUACAGCAACAUAUAGAUAUAUAUAUGUAUAGAUAUGUAUAAAUAUGUAAAAAGGUUUUAACGUAUUAUAAAUAAAAGAAUUUUAUUUUCAUACUGCCGCCCCCUUUGCUUCUACAUUUUUCUUCGUUUUUUAGUGCGGGCGACUUCUGAACUGAGCUAUCGUUGUAACAGUCGUGUCAUUUUAUUACAGAAACACGUACAUCUCUAUUGUUUUUAUUUUUAUUUUAAAAUAAUAGAAGAGAUACAAGAAUAUUGUAUUCAUACAUUAUUAUCACAUGCGACGAAUCACUACGCAAAAACAAACAUAUUUCAAUGAUAUGUAAAAGCAGGUGCCUAUAGAAGAACGAGUACAUUCAGCUAAAUGUGCAAAAUAAUUUGUGUUUUAUACAUAUAGGUUUCUAGACGAUCAACAUUAUUAUUAAUAAGUCGAUCAUCGUGUCAUGUAGGCGAAGGAACGUUUCCUUUUUCUAGAAAUAACAAACUAUAUUUACAAUAUGAAUUUUUUUAUUGUGCAUCACGGAAAUAAUUCAAGACUUCUUUUCUUUGGUUUUGCGAAUCAUUUUUAUAAUUGUUUGUUCAUUCGGAUAGCAUGAUUGUACGUAAUAAGAUAUUAAGUGUAGUACAUGUUAUUUUAUUUAGAAUGCAUUCGUGACUUAAGAAAGAUGUGAUAAAACGAAUGAAUAAAUAAUCGACGAAAUCUUUGUAUAAAGGUCUUGUAUAAAUAUCGA